CUGUGUGAUUUUGGGCUAUACAAAAAUAAACUGUAUUGUAUUGUAUUGUAAUGAGUUUGCCAUCCUGAGGAGGGCGCUAGAUAGGAAGAUACACAGAUGACUGUGAGAGGUCUGUCCUGCACCCCAGCUCAGCUGGCAUCACGUUGAUGAGACUUGUGGACCCCUAAUGUUGGCAGAGAUGAGCGAGGAGGAGCACGGCAGGCUGUGCGGUGAGCCAUGCGGCUGUCGGAGAUCCGGAGGAGCCACAUUCCAGGGGGAUUGGUCUGCCACCAUCACUUCCUUCACCUGUCCUGGGGUCUCGGGCUCCUGCCACCUAUCCCAUUACCUUCAUGCGAGGGUCAGGCCUCUGGGCUUUGAUAAUCAGGAUCUCCCAUGGGUGUUGACCCCAGCAGCGUGGCGAGUGCUACCACUGGUCACAUGGGACUCCCUCAUUGCGUUUGCUUCUCCGAGCCCAGCGGGCGGCCACUCCCACUGCCGGCAGAACUGGAAUUUCAGGAAGUCGUCUCCCGGCAGCAGGCAAAAUGGGGGAGGAAGGCAGCACAGCGGACAUCGAGCAGCUGAUCAGUGAGAUGGACUUCAUCCCUGGACACUUCUCCCUGGCUCUCAAUGUCAACUUUGAGUUCACCGUCCCCACCAGGCUGAGGCACAGGGACAUCAAGCUGAAGCGGGACAGCCUGAGGCUGGAACUGGAGUCCGAGGUGGGGCCGCAGCAGUACGCCAUCAGGCACCUCCUGGGGCUCUUCGCCUUCCACUUGGAUGACUUCCACGAGGCCGAGGACAACUUUGCCAGCAUCUGCAAGGAGGACCCCCACAACUUGAACGCCUGGGCCAACCUGGGCUUCGUGUACGACAAGCUGAGGCGGGAGGCGGAGGGGGCCGAAUGUGUGGACAAGGUGUCCGCUCUGAUGGGCCUCAGAGAAGGGGGGCGGCUGCUGUCCGCACGCUGCCUGGCAGAGCAGGCCUACGCCUACGCCUACGACGUCGGGUUGAGCUCAGAGCAGGAGCGGGCUGAGAAGCUGAGGGCGGCCAUCGGCGCCUACGACAAGGCCAUCGAGUACGGUGGUCAAGAGAUUCCCAUUGAAGAAAAGAGAAGCUGGCAUUUCAGCAUGGCAGCGAUGAUGAUCAGGCUGGAUGGCAUUCUGGGUAACCAGAAGAGCAGUGAGCGGGUGAGGGGGGCCUCCUAUGGCAGAGCCUUAAAGCUGCUCCGUGAUGCCAUCAAGUCCAGCAACCUGCACCACAGAGCUCUCACCUGGUGCUACAUCGGAGUGAUGCUCGAACGUCAGGAGAGCUUCUUAGUGGUGCCAAUGGCCGUCCAUGAUGAAGGCUUCACCUGCACUGACCCCUUGGACUGUUACUAUAAGGCCAUUGAACUCGCUAAAGAAGAUCCUUUCAUCCUAAACCGCCUGGCCAAAGUCUUCCUCUUCAUAGGAAAGCACGACAUGGCAACUGGAGUGUGCAACAUGGCACUGGACAUACUGGCCAACCCAGAACUCAACUGGCAGGCAUACAGUACGCGAGCCAAGGUCCACAUCACCGCAUACGUGCGGGACCUGGAGCGGGUGAAGCUUGGAUUCAGUGGGGUCCCUGACCGGGAGAACCUCAGUAAAGCCAAGACUGACCUGGAGAACAUCGUGGAGGUGCACCCCUGUCUGAAGACACACCUGGACAUCGGACAGGUUUACUACUACAUGGGCGUCGAUGCGCUGCAAGAGCGCCACCUGGUGGACGAGGCCGCCAUUAACAAAGCCCUGGUGUUCCUGUCCAAGGCCCUGGAGGACGAACUGGGAGACGUGCUGCCCGAGAUCCAUCUGCUGAGGGGCAAGUGCCUGCUGCUCAAAUCAGAGGAGGAGAACGCGGCCGAGUGCUUCAAGAGGGCCGUCGAGAUGGACGAUGGCGGGCAGGCGGAGAGUUUCCGGGGUCUGCUGGAGGCGCUCCUGGCCCUGUACAGCCAGAGGAAAGCCGGCGCCGAGGCAGUGAUUGCUGAGCUUGAGGAGUGGCUGGGCAAGGCUGAGGAGAAGUACCCGCUGGAGCAGGUGCGCCGGGAGCUGCAGGCCGUCUGUCGGAGCCACACGGCCGAGGUGAGUGACCUGUCCAGGGCCAUGAUUAGGGCCGGCAAGCUGGACCUGGUCAGGCUGCUGCUGAGCACCGUGGAGCCCAGGAGGACCGAGCUGACCAGGUCGCUGUCUUUGUGAUGCCGCGAAAGGCGCUAUAUCACACGAGGGCGGACGGACCAACAGCAGGUGCUUUAAACUUCACCUGUCAGACUCUCUGGGAUCAGGACUUGAGGUCCCCCGUUUAGGCUGGGGGGCUUCAUGGAUGUCUGACUAAAUGAGAAACGCACGAGGCGUGUAGAGCGGACGUGAGGACGGACGGCAAACAAAGGGAGAUAAAGGCACGAAAAGUCAGAAAUGUGACGGGUUUACGGAGGGGAAGCCAAAACAAGGAACGGCACCUGCAAGUCAAAAUGUCACCAUCCCCUGACCACGUGACAGUAAAGAGGUGACAGUCAGACGUGUCAUUCGUACCCCACCAUAAACAGAUCAGAGGAUGAAGGAGGCGCAGUCAGGGGGCCCGGCUGACCAUGGAGUUGUUACGCGAGUACAAAACAUACGUGUGUGACGUGGGACUUGACAACAUCACAGGGUCCGGACUGGCCGGGGGGCUCAGUGGCUGGCACAGAGAGAGAGACAGUCAAUCCAUUAGGUGACACAGGUGUCUGACUAGGGCGCUGUCAUCUGAAAGUGGAGGGGUGUGUGGGGGCUUUGGUCAUCGAACUCUGAUGAUACUGAGUGGGCACUCAUACUCGCUGGGCACCUCUUAUGAAAGAAAAACAUGGGCACGCUCUAUGCACCAAGUGGUGGGGGCAACAGGUCAUCAAAGUCCAGUAAUACUGAAUGCCCACUGUGGACAAUGUGGGGUGACGUCUGUCCACCUCAGCUGGUGCUCCAAUAGUCUGACCAUCGAGUGGACGGUUCAUUGCCUUCGUCACAGGCCAAUGGCCGCCUCGCUUCACAGGCCUGUCUCGACUAACGAUGGUCUCCGACUGACUGGGGGUCUGCUCUCUUCAAAAUGAGUGGUCCUUCAAAGCGAUGCCAUAGGGGAGCCAUUUUUAGUUCUGAAGAGCGCCGUCCACAUGAAGGUCCCAGAAAGGACUGUAGAAGUGUUGAGGUCCGUCACAGGCGCCAUACUGGAAAGAAGUGACAUGUGAAAUGUUAAAGGGACCCUCGCUGCACUCAAUCACACGGGCCAAGUUCAGGUGGUGUGCUGCUGGGCAGCCUGCCAUACAGUCAGGAUUUGGGGUUUUCUACACAGCAGGAAGUUUUUAAAAGCAGGAAGAACCAACUUGACGUGCAAAGAACUUGUCCCAGGAUGAGAUGGUCCUGGACAAGCAAUGGGAGCUACGAGGGGCCGCACAAGCCAGUGGAGACCCUCAAAGACAAGUAGCACACGUAAGAGUGGGCUUCGGGACAAAAAAACAAAAUAAAAGAACACUCGUUAUGAAGCCAGCUGGACCUCAGACGCCCUCAGUCACCUAACACUCUAUGGGCAUCCUGCGGGCGCAGCUCGAGUCACCAGUAAGCAUAAUGAGCAGGUGCUUAGGGCAUCGUCUGGACAAGGGGGGCACCACAGACAUUUUCUAUCACCAGAUGUACCACAUGGACAACCGGUGAGGCUGAAGCAGGGGACACAAAAGGGGGCUGCCAUUUUAAAUGACAAAAAAAUGUCAUCCAUAUCUGAACAAUCAUAAAAACGCUAGCAGAAAAGUCCGAAUAGAAGAUCAGGAUGUGCUGGGAGUGCAGAGGGCACGGCGCUCCGCGGGCAGUUUGUGUCCUCACUGCAUUCAAAAUCCCAACAGGACAGCAAGGUGACAAGAAGGGAUGGAUACGUCAAGAAGCAGACACGCUGAGGGUCUCAUCUGAGGGGGCAAUUAGGAAAAGGAUGAGCAAACGGGACACAAAAAAAUAAAUAAAGAGAAAUAAAAAGAUAAAAACACUGUCUGUGGGCCUUCAGUUUGUAAAACAAAAUGGGGUUUGACGCUUUAUGAGGUGCCACAC